AUGCGACAAGCGGCUCUUUGGCGUGCAAGGCCACUGCAGCCAUCGAAGUCAUACACCUGUAGGGAAUGUGUUUCAAGAGCGACGCGGCGUAGCGUCUCGCAGACAGCUAGCUACCGAGAGAAUGCUUCUACCAAUUCAUCGGCUCAACUGGCUGAGAGAAUACCUGCUGGCGAGAGCAAAAGCUUGUUGUCGAUAUUGGAAGAGCGUGGAUAUGUCAAGGAUCUGGCUGGUGACCGCAAUGCUCUCGACAAACUCCUCACCGACAAACGCAUCGGUGCCUACUCCGGCAUCGACCCUACAGCUCCCUCACUACAUCUGGGCCACCUUCUGCCCAUGAUGGUCCUGUUCUGGAUGUAUAUUCAUGGCCACAAAGCCGUCUCCAUCAUCGGAGGCGCAACCGCAAAAGUCGGCGAUCCUACUGGACGUCUGAUCAGUCGACAAGAGAUGGACAGAAACACAAGGACGUCAAAUCUGGUCUCGUUGCACAACUGUGUACGCGCCAUGUGGAAAAGUGUCGACGUUUAUGCAGAGAGACACGGCUACAAAAAAGACAAGUCUUGGAACAAGAGCAUAGAAAACAACUCAGUCUGGCUGAGCAAGCUAAAUAUCAUCGACUUUUUGUCUGACGCCGGUACUGUUGCUAGAAUGGGCGCUAUGCUGGGUAGAGAUACGUGA